AUGGGCAAAUCCCAGAGCAAGCUCACCCAACAGGAGCUGAGCGAUCUCCAGAAAGCCACCCACUUCGACAAGAAAGAGUUACAGCAAUGGUACAAGGGCUUCCUAAAGGACUGUCCUUCGGGGAUGCUCACCAAGGAGGAGUUCCAAAAGAUCUACAAACAAUUUUUCCCGUUCGGUGACCCGUCGUCGUUCGCCGACUAUGUUUUCAACGUCUUUGACGCCGACAAAUCGGGCUCGAUCGACUUCAAGGAGUUUAUCUGCGCGCUGAGCGUCACGAGUAGAGGAAAGAUGGAGGACAAGCUAGACUGGGCGUUCCAGCUGUAUGACAUCGACGGCGACGGCAAGAUCAGCUACGACGAGAUGCUGGCGAUUGUGGAGGCCAUAUACAAGAUGGUCGGCUCCAUGGUCAAGCUUCCGGAGGACGAGGACACGCCGGAGAAGCGCGUGCGCAAGAUUUUCCGCAUGAUGGACAAGGACGAGAACGGCAGCUUGGACAUGGCCGAAUUCAAGGAGGGCUCCAAGCGCGAUGAGACGAUUGUGUCGGCGCUGUCCUUGUACGACGGGCUCGUGUGA